AUGAAGCGAAAUCGACCAAGCGGGUCUCAGCAACAAAAAAUUAAGAAGGCAAAAGAAAAGUCAGCUGAGGCGAUGUCUGGAUCAAUUUUAAAAUAUGUUGCACCUUCAACAUCUACCGCAGUAGGAGAAAGCGCUGAAGACAUUCAGUCUGUUGAAUCCAGAGGUGAAAUGCCUGAAGUAUCUUCUCAAGACGCUUCAUAUGGGAAAGCGCAAGAAUUGGAGAAGAUCAUUUUAUCUUCAAGCGGUGAAAGUGAUGUAGAUGAAGGCGAUGCCAGCAGAAGCCUGCAUCAGCAAGACUCUGAUGAUGAUGAUGAAGAAGAAGAAGAAGAAGAAGAAGAAGAAGAAGAAGAAGAAGAGGAGACUGUUCGACUGUCAGUUUAUUCUGAUGUUGCUGCUUGGCCAGUUCCAGUUCCAGAUGUUUUAAGAGUGGACCUUAUUAAGAGGGGAAGUGAACCUUUCCAAAAUAGAGAUGGGCCAUUCAGUCCUGUUGAAAGGCAAGGAGAGAAAUCAAAAGGGAAGAGUCGACAGUUGACCACUGCAUGGUUCUAUAAGGCUCUGCCUAAUGGCGAAAAAAUUCUUAGAAUGUGGAUGGUGUACUCUCCAUCAAAACAAAGUUUGUUUUGUUUUUGCUGCAGACUUUUUGCUGUUGAUGACAAAGUAACAGGGACAUCCAGUUUUGUUACUGGGUUUCAAUUGUGGUGGAAGCUGAACCCAAAGGUGUCUGAUCAUGAGGCUUCUGAGCAGCAUCUUACAUACUUGGAGAAAUGGAAGACCUUGAGAGCAGGAUUGAAGCUACAAAAAUGCAUUGAUCAUGUCCAUCAAACAACAGUGGAAAGAGAGAAAAGGAAAUGGAGGGAUAUUUUGCAUCGCCUUUUGGAUGUAACUUUGUUUCUGGCUCACCAGAAUCUUCCCUUUCGUGGUCAUAGAGAGACCAUGUCAUCCGCAAACAAAGGCAACUUCCUUGAAUUGGUAGAAUUGCUCUCAAACUAUGACCCCAUUUUAAAGGAACAUUUCAUGAGGCUGAAACAUGCUGUUGCAUCUGGAAAGAGAAUGACUUCCUAUUUCUCUCCAAAAAUUCAGAACGAAUUAAUUUGUCUGUUGGGAAAUCAUGUGAAGGACAAAAUAGUGGCUGAUAUCAAGAAAGCAAAGUACUUUGGGAUUCUUUUUGACAGCACCCCUGAUGUGUCCCACACUGAUCAGAUGUGUGAAGUGAUCAGAUAUGUUCAUAUUGAAGGGGACCAUGUUGAAGUAAAGGAAUCAUUCUUGGGGUUCUUUCCUGUUGCUGAAAAGACUGCUGCUGAACUCACAGAAAAUAUCCUGCAACAUCUGGAGGAAGAUGGACUAGACAUAAGCCUUUGCCGUGGUCAAGGAUAUGAUAAUGCUGCAACUAUGGCAGGGAAAGCGUAUUAA